AAAUCGUUCAUUUCCAUGCCUUGUGCAAGUAACACUUUAUUCAGUUUGAUAUUAACGUAACAAAACGUUGAAAUUAAGAAAUUAAUUAUUAACCCGAAAUUGUGAAAUGACAAUCGUUUAUGUGCUAAAAUUUUGAAGAAAAAUAAAAGUCAGAACGAUUAUUAUUUGUGUAAAAAUAAAUUAAACAAUGGCUGAUGCGGCUGCCCGGCAGCUUCAGUAUGAAUAUAAAGCGAAUUCCAACUUAGUCCUACAAGCUGAUGUACGUCUUAUUGAUCGGCGUAACAGAGAUGAGGCUACGGGUGAAGUAUGUUCACUUGUGGGCAAGUUGGAUGGUACCAAAAUGGGUGAUAGAUUUCAAAGAACCAAACCAGUAAAAGCCGAAGAAAGAAAAGCCAAGAGACAAAAGCGUGACGAAGCACAGUAUGAUUUUGCCCGAAUGAAAGGCACUACCCUAUUGUCAGAUGGUGUUGAUGAUAUGGUUGGAAUUAUGUACAGACCAAAGACUCAAGAAACUAGACAAACAUAUGAAGUAUUAUUAAGUUUUAUACAAGAAGCACUUGGAGAUCAGCCUCGAGAUAUUCUUUGUGGAGCAGCCGAUGAAGUUUUAGCUGUAUUAAAAAAUGAUCGUCUGAAGGACAAAGAAAAGAAAUCGGAUACCGAGGGUCUGUUGGGUUCUCUAGCUGAUGAACGAUUCGCUCUUUUGGUAAAUUUGGGGAAAAAAAUUACUGAUUUUGGAACUGACGACAAAGGAUUGGCUAGUACCGAAGACAAUAUUGAUGAAACCUAUGGUAUAAAUGUUCAGUUUGAAGAAAGUGAAGAAGAAGACGAUGAAGAUGUGUACGGAGAAAUUAGAGAAGGUGACGAUCACGAUGAUGAAGGUGAAGAAUCUAAAUUGGAUGCUACAAUACACGCAGAGAAUUUGGACAAACGCACAGUGAAAAAGCCUGUUGAGCAAGCAAAAAAAGAAAAAAGUUUGCAUGCAUUGGACAUUGAUGCUUAUUGGCUCCAGAGAAGUUUAUCUAAAUACUAUAGUGACGCUAUGGCUUCACAGGCCAAAGCAGCGGAAGUAUUGGCUGUACUGAAAAACGCCGGUGAUGAUCGUGAUUGUGAAAAUCAACUAGUACUCUUACUUGGUUAUGAUUGUUUUGAUUUUAUUAAAGUAUUGAAAAAAAACCGGCUUAUGAUACUAUUUUGUACACUUUUGGCAUCGUCACAAAGUGAAACUGAACGGGCUUCGUUGAGGAAAAAAAUGGAAGCUGAUCCAUUUCUUGCACGUAUCUUACGUCAAAUGGACACUAAAGAAGUAGACGAUGUUAAAGAAAAUAGCGCUAGUGCUGGUAACAAAAAAAAGCGGAUCGAUGAUGAUUACGAUGAAGACAUGGAUACAGGUGAUCCAAAACAGCAAGUUGCGGGCAGUAGAAAAGUUUUGGAUUUGGAAGACCUGGUUUUUGCUCAAGGCUCCCAUUUUAUGUCCAAUAAGCGAUGUCAGCUACCAGAUGGAUCUUUUAGAAAACAACGCAAAGGUUACGAAGAAGUACAUGUUCCUGCAUUAAAACCAAAACCGUUCAAUGAAGAAGAAGCGCUAGUGCCGAUCGACAAGUUGCCUAAAUAUGUACAACCAGCUUUUGAAGAUUUCAAAACUCUCAACAGGAUUCAAUCUCGUUUGUAUAAAAGUACACUCGAUUCCGAUGAGAAUUUAUUAAUUUGUGCACCUACGGGUGCUGGUAAAACAAAUGUAGCCCUAUUGUGUAUGCUCAGAGAAAUCGGAAAACAUAUUAAUAGCGACGGAACUAUAAAUGCUGACGAAUUCAAAAUAAUUUAUAUCGCUCCCAUGAGGUCUCUCGUACAGGAAAUGGUUGGAAGUUUUGGAAAGAGAUUAAGUAGCUACAAUUUAACAGUGUCUGAGUUAACCGGAGACCAUCAAUUGACACGCGAACAAAUACAAGCAACUCAGAUUAUUGUUUGUACACCAGAAAAAUGGGAUAUUAUUACAAGGAAAGGAGGGGAAAAAACGUUUGUGUCACUCGUCCGGCUUAUAAUUAUUGAUGAAAUACAUUUAUUGCACGACGAACGUGGUCCAGUACUCGAGGCCUUAGUUGCUAGGACUAUUAGAAAUAUAGAAACAAUUCAAGAGGAGGUUAGGUUAGUGGGGCUUAGUGCAACAUUGCCUAAUUAUCAAGAUGUAGCAACUCUUCUCAGAGUCAAGCCGGAUACUGGUCUUUUUUAUUUUGACAACUCGUUCAGACCUGUACCAUUAGAGCAGCAAUAUAUUGGUAUUACAGAAAAAAAAGCUGUUAAACGUUUUCAAGUCAUGAACGAAAUUGUUUAUGAAAAAAUUAUGGAACAUGCUGGACGUAACCAAAUUUUAGUUUUUGUACAUUCAAGAAAAGAAACAGGCAAAACGGCUAGAGCAAUAAGAGACAUGUGUUUGGAAAAAGAUACUCUUGGAAAUUUCUUACGUGAAGGUUCUGCCUCUAUGGAAGUAUUACGUACUGAAGCUGAACAAGUAAAAAACAGCGAACUUAGAGAUUUACUGCCCUAUGGAUUUGCUAUCCAUCACGCUGGAAUGACUCGCGUAGACAGAACUCUAGUCGAAGAUCUUUUCGCCGAUCGUCAUAUUCAAGUAUUAAUUUCUACAGCUACCUUAGCUUGGGGUGUAAAUUUACCAGCCCAUACUGUUAUCAUCAAAGGUACACAAGUCUAUAGUCCGGAAAAAGGCCGUUGGGUAGAACUCGGAGCUUUAGACGUUUUGCAGAUGUUGGGUCGUGCAGGACGACCGCAAUAUGAUACUAAAGGUGAAGGAAUACUGAUCACAAAUCAUAGUGAAUUGCAGUAUUAUUUGUCGUUGUUAAACCAACAACUUCCUAUCGAGUCACAAUUAGUUUCCAAAUUACCUGACAUGUUGAACGCGGAAAUUGUGCUUGGUACAAUACAAAAUGUGAAAGAAGCUGUUACGUGGUUGGGAUACACAUAUUUAUACAUACGAAUGUUACGUGCUCCGUCCUUAUAUACGAUUACUCAAGAGAAGUUGGAAGUCGAUCCGUUAUUAGAAACGCACCGAGCAGAUAUCGUUCAUACUGCAGCAAUCCAGUUGGAGAGAAGUAAUCUUAUAAAAUACGAUCGAAAAUCAGGAUAUUUUCAGGUAACCGAACUUGGGCGGAUCGCUAGUCAUUACUAUUGUACUCAUGACACAAUGGCCACAUACAAUCAUUUAUUGAAGCCGACCUUGAGCGAAAUUGAGCUGUUUAGAGUGUUUUCACUAUCUGGAGAAUUCCGUCAUAUUGGAGUUAGAGAUGAAGAAAAGUUAGAGCUCCAGAAAUUGAUGGAGCGAGUCCCGAUUCCUAUUAAAGAGGGAAUUGAAGAACCGAGCGCUAAGAUAAACAUAUUGCUUCAAGCGUACAUAUCUCAGUUGAAGUUGGAAGGAUUCGCUCUUAUGUCCGAUAUGGUGUUUGUCACACAAUCAGCUGCACGUUUAAUGCGUGCUAUUUUUGAAAUUGUAUUGCACCGAGGUUGGGCUCAACUGGCCGAUAAAGCACUCAGCCUUUGUAAAAUGAUUGACAGACGUAUGUGGCAAAGCAUGUCGCCUCUUAGACAGUUCAAAAAAAUGCCAGAGGAAAUUGUUAGAAAAAUAGAGAAAAAAAAUUUCCCGUGGGAACGUUUAUACGAUCUUGGACCUAGUGAGAUUGGUGAACUAAUACGUGUUCCAAAACUUGGAAAGACCAUUCAUAGAUAUGUACAUCAGUUUCCAAAACUGGAAUUGGCAACUCACAUUCAACCAGUUACAAGAUCUACUUUAAGAGUUGAAUUGACAAUUACACCAGAUUUUCAGUGGGAUGAAAAACUACAUGGUAAUUCUGAAGGUUUUUGGGUGUUAGUAGAAGAUGUCGACUCUGAAGUUAUUUUACAUCACGAGUUCUUUUUAUUAAAAGCAAAGUAUGCUACUGAUGAGCAUUUGCUUAAAUUUUUCGUGCCCGUCUUCGAGCCUUUACCACCACAAUAUUUCCUCAGAAUUGUGUCCGAUCGCUGGAUCGGUUCUGAAACUCAACUGCCAGUAUCAUUUAGGCACUUGCUGUUACCAGAAAAAAAUGUACCUCCUACAGAACUUUUGGAUUUGCAGCCAUUGCCUGUGUCAGCUUUACGGAAUAAAGUUUUUGAGGAACUAUAUGCCGAAAGAUUUCAUCAGUUCAAUCCAAUUCAAACUCAGGUUUUUAACGCUGUCUACAAUAGUGAUGAAAAUGUGUUUAUUGGUGCUCCGACUGGAUCAGGGAAAACUACCAUUGCUGAAUUUGCACUAUAUCGUCUUCUCAGUCAAAACCCCGACAAUCGUUGUGUGUACUUAGUGGCUAAAGAAUCACAAGCCGAACUUAUAUAUUCUAGUUGGCACGUAAUAUUCGGAAUCGGUCUUGCUAGAAAAGUAGUGUUGUUGACCGGAGAAAUCGGAACAGAUUUAAAGUUGCUGGCUAAAGGACAGAUUAUCGUGACAACAGCAGAGAAAUGGGACGUACUUUCUAGGAGAUGGAAACAGAGAAAAAACGUUCAAAACAUUAAUCUUUUUAUUGUUGACGAACUUCAGCUUAUUGGAGGUGAAGACGGACCGGUACUAGAAGUUGUAUGCUCGAGAAUGCGGUAUAUUGCUUCUCAAACUGAAAAGCAAAUGCGUGUAGUAGCUCUUUCAGCUCCGUUAGCAGAUGCUAGAGAUGUAGCCUUAUGGUUGGGCGCUCCUGCAACGACUACAUUUAAUUUCCACCCUAGUGUCAGACCAGUUCCGUUAGAACUUCAUGUGCAAGGUUAUAACAUCACUCAUAACGCAACUCGAUUAGUGGCCAUGGGAAAACCGAUAUACAAUGCAAUUCUUAAGUAUAGUUUAGAAAAGCCGGUGAUAAUAUUUGUUCCAUCGAGAAAACAAGCUCGACUUACAGCUAUUGAUCUUUUGACGUACACUGCAGCCGAUAACCAGCCCAAUCGUUUUAUACAUGCCGAAGAAGAAGAUAUUAAGCCUUUUGUAGAAAAAAUUACAGAUAAAACUUUAAAAGAAACCCUGCUUCAAGGAGUAGCUUAUUUACACGAAGGAGUUAGCGCUCAAGAUCAACGGUGGGUACAACAACUUUUCUUUACCGGAGCUAUUCAAGUCGUAGUCGUUACGAGAAGCCUUUGCUGGGCUCUUAGCAUAAAUUCUCACUUAGUAAUAAUAAUGGACACUCAAUUUUACGAUGGAAAAACACACACAUACGAAGAUUAUCCUAUCACUGAUGUUAUUCAAAUGGUGGGCAGAGCUAACAGGCCAUUGGACGACGACGACUCUAAGUGUGUGUUAAUGUGUCAGUCAUCUAAGAAAGACUUUUUCAAAAAGUUCCUUAACGAACCGUUACCAGUUGAAAGCCAUUUGGACCAUCGACUCCAUGAUCAUUUCAACGCCGAAAUUGUAACCAAAACGGUUGAAAACAAACAAGACGCAGUUGACUAUAUGACCUGGACGUUCCUUUAUAGACGAUUAACGCAAAAUCCAAAUUACUUCAACUUACAGGGUGUUUCUCACAGGCAUUUAUCUGAUUAUUUAUCAGAGCUGGUAGAGACCACAUUAACUGAUUUGAAUCAGUCAAAAUGUAUAAGUAUUGAAGAUGAGAUCGAUUGCAUACCAUUAAAUUUGGGUAUGAUUGCUGCUUACUAUUACAUAAACUAUACGACUAUUGAAUUGUUUUCGUUGUCAUUAAAUAACAAGACCAAAAUCCGAGGCUUGUUGGAAAUUAUUAGUUCGGCCGCGGAAUAUGAAAAAAUUCCCGUAAGACAUCGUGAAGACACUCUGUUAAAAAGUCUUGCUCAACGUUUGCCCAAUAAACCCCAACCAGCCACGGGACAAGCUUCUGUUCGUUAUAAUGACCCGCACGUGAAAGUUAAUUUGUUACUUCAAGCUCAUCUAUCACGUUUGCAACUCGGUGCCGAACUUCAAGGAGAUACAGAAGUCAUUUUGGCAAAAGCCAUACGAUUAAUUCAAGCAUGUGUCGAUGUUUUAAGUUCAAAUGGCUGGUUGUCACCAGCUGUGGCCGCUAUGGAAUUAGCACAAAUGAUUACCCAAGCGAUGUGGGCUAAAGACUCAUAUCUUAAGCAAUUACCACAUUUUACAUCGGAUAUUAUUAAGAGAUGCACAGAAAAAGGCUUAGAAACCGUGUUUGACAUUAUGGAGUUGGAAGACGAAGACCGUACAAAACUAUUACAACUCAACGACAGUGAGAUGGCGGAUGUGGCCAAAUUUUGUAAUCGUUAUCCUAAUAUCGAGUUGAACUACGAAGUGGCAAACAAAAACCGUAUAUCUGCUGGGUCUAGUGUAAACGUUACGGUUAAUCUAGAAAGAGAAGACGAAGUUGUUGGACCUGUUAUUGCACCGUUUUUCCCACAAAAACGCGAAGAAGGUUGGUGGCUUGUCAUCGGUGAUCCGAAAAAUAAUUCUUUGCUAUCCAUCAAAAGAUUGACAUUACAACAAAAAGCAAAAGUCAAGUUAGACUUUGUUGCGCCUAACCCGGGAAAUUAUUCAUACACCUUAUAUUUUAUGAGUGAUGCCUACAUGGGUUGCGAUCAGGAGUACAAAAUGAACAUCGAAGUCGGUGAUUACGAAUCUGCAGGUAGUGAGUCGGAUUAAUUAUAUUUUUAUUCAUAACAUUGACGGAGUAAGUUUUAGUGUAAUUUCGAACUUUUGUGUUCAAAAUGAAAACCUGUGUUUUGUAUGUAAUUUUGAUAAGACAUUAUUUUUACUAAUUUACUUAUUAUUAUGUUAGAAUAUAAUAUAUACACUGAUGUUCUAAUUAUUAUAAUUCAUUGUUUUCUACUUUGUACAUUUUAUUUUAUAGAAUAGAAAACAAUAUUGUACAUUUA